AUGGCUUUUUCCCGAGCAGAGCGAAAUCGACUGCUGCGCGACAGGGAAUUCCUGCCCCCGUUGGCUGAGAGUCCAUUCGGCCCUUUUCCGCCGGGUCACGGUGUGAAGAACGAGGUGACGGUUAUCAAACGCUGCGGAGCCCCCAGCGCGUCCAAGAAGAAGCCGGCAACGAUGCACAAGCAGCAGGAUGCAGCAGCAGCGAGCGACCUACCACCCAAGCAAACUCUUCUCGGACACACCGGAACGGGCGGCAUGACCUACAGCACUUUCAAGGGAAGAGGCGAAUCAUCGACGUCGCUCCAUGACGGGCGCUUUGGCGAUCCCAAAGGUCCAGGAAAGGCGGGCGCCUUCAAGAAGCAGCGCAUCCCACCUACGGAAUUUCGCAGUCACUACGAGCGUGGUGACCUGCCGCUAUCAAUCCAGCAGGCCGCAACACGCUCGCUUUUGUGGCGUGUGAAUGUGGCCACAUUGGACUACCAUCACUUCCUGCCGAUUUUCUUUGAUGGCCUCCGUGAGCUUGAAGAGCCAUAUCGGUUUGUUGCGCUCCAAGGGUGUUACGAUCUGCUCGAGAAGGGUGGGCCGAAGAUUCUGCCGACCAUUCCGCAGCUCAUUGUGCCCAUAAAGAGCGCACUCAACACACGGCAUCCAACCGUGAUAGUGAGCGUUCUAAAGGUGAUACAAAAGCUCGUUCUGAGCGCCGAAUAUGUUGGACAGGCGCUGGUACCGUACUACCGACAAAUACUCCCUAUAUUCAACCUUUACAAGAAUCGAAGCAAAAACUUAGGCGAUCGCAUCGAUUUCUCCCAGAUGAAGCGGCAGAAUAUCAGUGAACUGGUGGACGAAACCCUAGUUUUGCUUGAACGGUACGGCGGUGAAGAUGCCUACAUAAACAUAAAGUACAUGGUUCCGACGUAUGAGUCAGGCAUCCUCUGA